AUGGAGAACAAGAAGAAUCUUGUAUUCAAGAAAAAUGACAAGAAGAAUCUUGUAUUCAAGAAAAAUGACAAGAAGAGAAUGGUUGUCAAGUGUGUAGAUGGUUGUCCAUUUCAUAUUAGGUUUAACAUGAGGACUACCAAUCAAUAUUGGCAACUUGUUAGCUUAACUGAUCGUCAUGGCUGCCAUAGGACAGCCAAAAAUAGACAAGCAAAAACGGAUUGGUUGGGUCGCCAAUUUGUGUACACCAUAAGACACACUCCUGAAAUAAAAACCAAAUGGCUGAUUGCAGAAGCUAUUAAGAAGUGGGGGGUGAAGUUUUCAAAGGAUCAAGCUUAUAGAGCCAAGAAAAAGGCAAUGGAAUUGAUUCAAGGUGCUGGUCGUGAACAAUUCACACAUCUUAGAAGCUAUGGUGAGGAGUUGUUAAAGUCAAAUCCAAACUCCACUGUUAAAAUUAAGUGUGUUGAUUCAGAUGGUGGUCCUGUCUUUGAAAGAAUAUAUGUAUGCUUAGAAGCUUGUAAGGCAGGGUUUGCAACGACGUGUAGGCCUCUAAUAGGACUGGAUGCUUGUUUUCUUAAAUGGGAAUUUGGAGGUCAGUUAAUAGGUGUUGUUGGUAAGGAUGGAAAUAACAAGAUUUAUCCAAUCGCUUAUGCCGUAGUGGAAGGUGAAACGAAAGACUCAUGGAAAUGGUUCCUUAAUUUGUUAUUAGAAGACUUGCAAUCUAUACAAGACAACAAAUAUGGAUUUAUAUCAGAUCAACAGAAGGGAUUGGUACCGGCUAUUCUUGAGACAAGCCAACAUGUUGAACACAGACUAUGUGUUAAACACUUGUAUGGAAAUUGUAGAAAGAAAUAUCCUGGGAUAUUUAUGAAGGAGGCUUUAUGGCGGGCAGCUAGAGCCACAACAAUUCCUACAUGGGAAAGAGAAAUGAAUCAUAUGAAAGAGCUCAAUGUCAAUGCUUGGAAAGACAUGAUAGAUGUCCCAGCUGCAUGUUAUACUCGGUCUCAUUUCAAAAUAGACACACAAUGUGAUUUGCAAGUCAACAAUAUGUGUGAGGCUUUUAAUCGUGCAAUCUUAGAGUAUAGAGAUAAGCCGAUCAUUUCAUUACUUGAAGGAAUCAAACAUUACAUAAUAGUGAGAAUCUCUGCUCAAAAGGAGAAAUUAAGUAGGUACACAGGUGUUACAAGUCCUAGCAUUCAAAAAGUCUUUGAAAAAACAAAGAGGGCAGCAGAAGGAUGGAUUGCAACAUGGCAUGCAGAUGAUGACUUUGCUAUAUUCGGAGUUUCAAACGGUGUUGAGACAUAUGCUGUGAACUUGCUUCAACAGAAAUGUGGUUGUAGGAAGUGGGAUUUAAGUGGAAUACCAUGUUGUCAUGCUAUUGCAUGCAUAUGGUAUAACAAAAAGGAGCCCGAAGAGUACGUUUCACAAUUCUAUAGGAAAUCUAUUGUUCUGGCUACUUAUAGACAUAUCAUUAUGCCAACCAAUGGCCCACAACUAUGGCAUGUGGGUGGAGUGUAUUGA